AUGCCAACGUCGCUCCCUUCCACCUCUCUCUCUCUCUCUCUCUCUCUCUCUCUCUCUCACGUCGUUGGGCGUUCGAGUGUGUGAGAGAAAUCUUCGCCAAUCAUCUCUGGUUUUUUCCCUCGCAGAGACCUAAUCGAAGUCUCCCCCUCCCCCAAACUCGCAGGCCUGAAGCGCACCGGGAAGAGCUGCCGCCUCCGGUGGCUGAACUACCUUCGCCCCGACGUCCGGCGGGGCAACAUCACCCCCGAGGAGCAGCUCCUCAUUCUCGAGCUCCACUCUCGCUGGGGCAACAGGUAAACCUCCCCUUCACCGUGGCUAUCAGGAAUUCAUCCUUCACAGCGUUGGCCCAGCAAAUAAUUCAUCCCUUCUGGUGCAGGUGGUCGAGGAUAGCGCAAUGCCUGCCGGGGAGGACGGACAACGAGAUCAAGAACUACUGGCGGACGAGGGUGCAGAAGCACGCCAAGCAGCUCAAGUGCGACGUCAACAGCAAGCAGUUCAAGGACGCCAUGAGGUACCUUUGGAUGCCGAGGCUAGCGGAGAGGAUCCGCGCCGCCUCCGACGUCAAGAACGCCGCCGCAGGCACCGGCGGCGCCGGCAUCUGGCAGCCGCCGCCGGCGGCUGAGGAGUCGGAGAACGCCGAGUUCAGAUUGGAGAAUUCGAGCCUGGAGAGGUCCUCGUCGUCGGAGCUGUCGGCGGUGACUUGCUGGUCUUCGCCGCCGGUGUCUGAAGUCGCCGACUGCCACUCUCUCGCUAUGGGAAGAAGUCAUGGCGACAACUUUCCCAGCGAGGACAUGAUCGGCGGCUGUGGUUUCUUCUCGGAGACCCUCCCGAGCCCUUUCGGCUGCUUCAACCAGGGAUUCCCGGACUUGGAACAGACCUCGUGGGGCGCCGGCGCCGGCGACAACGACGACGACUUCCCGUCGGAGAACUUAUGGACCCCCGACGACGCCUGGUUCUUACAACAGAUGCUUCAGUGAGAGAGAGAGAGAGAGAGAGAGAGAGAGAGAGAGAGAGUAGAGCAUGCAUAAUUAGCCCUAAACAUAGGAAUUUUUUCAAGGACAGAACAACACGAAGAGAAGAGAGAAGAAAGAGAGAGGACCUUGCGGGAAAUUUUCUCGAUUUUCCUCCCUCUUUCUCCAUCUUCUUCUCUGUCGAUCGUAUCAGAUCUUGUCUUUCAACUUUCUUCUUGUUCAUCGGGAUCUGGACGGUCACUCGACCUUAUUCUUUGUAAGUCGCAUCAUUUUUUUGUUAUAUACGUUCGAUAAAUGCAUAUGAACCAUCAUUUUCGUAUUCUAUGAUCACCACUCCUCUCUCCUCCCCGUAUACUCUACAAGCCAAGUUCGCACAGAUCUUCUUCUCUCUCUAGAAGUCGCAAUUGGCGGGAUUUCGCAACGUAUAAAGUUCUCUUGUUCUUGUUUGACUCUCAUCAGUCUGGUCAUCUUCUAAACUGUCCACAGAUUCUGAAACUAUUACUCCAGAGAGAGAGAGAGAGAGAGAGAGAGAGAGAGAGAGAGAAUACUAGGAUUGCCAAGAAAAGGAAUGGGUGGUCUUACUAAGAAAGAUACGACGAGGAGGGGCAUUAAUUAAUUCCCAAUUGGAAGAGAAGUCGUGGAUGAGAGUGCUUUUAAGAAAAGAAGGCUUUGACCUCGUGGGCUCGGCGACUUUGGGCUGGUCUAUCAAGUGCCCUUUGAAGCCAAAUUAGUCAAAGUAUGAGUGUUGCCUAAGCACAUGUUUCAUCUCGUCUAUGAAGCGCUGACUCUCCUCAUAUUACCUUUUGUCCCGAUUAAUCAGCGUUUGAGUAUUGUUUGACUUAUACCUGGAUAAAUAAUUGAACCACAAUUUUCAACUAUACUGAUUUGCUGACGUCAUGAGAAAAAAAGUACCUUUUCUUGUUUUUGUUUUUUGUUUUGAGCAAUGAGAUUUAUUGGGUUCCCUUGUAAUGGUGAUAAAAUUUGCAUGAAUUUAAUUUAUAUGGAUUCCCUCCUACCAAUGUCAUCUGAACAAAUUAACUCAAAAAGCUGAGGGGGAGAGAGAGAGAGAGAGAGAGAGAGAGAGAGAGGCGACUCUCCUUUUUGUUCUGUCACGUGAUCCGCGCGUGAGGGGCGGGACCGAAUGACCUGGCACAGCCGGGUCAACGCGGAACUCAUGUGAAUACUUUCCAGAAGUCGCGUCAAAAGGAAAGUGGGGGCCACACGCAUUAAAUCACAUCGUGGCCGUGCAUAUGGUGGGCCAAAGGGCCCACCAUCAACAUCACAAAUCUCCCUAGCCGUUGUGGGAUCCGUGGGGUUUAGCACGAUAUACACGCGGAGGUCCUCACACCGCGGCCGCGUUCCGGCGCGCGAUCCGACCGCGGAGUUUCGGUGUGGAUUCAAACAGUGCCCGUUCACAUCUCCCCCACUCUUUUCUAGAGAGAUAGAGAUAGAGAGAGAGAGAGAGGGGCGCCGCCGGCGGUGGGAUUCCGCCGCCGUCCAGGGCCUCGGGUUUCUUUCUCACUCAUUCUUCUCGUUGACACAUCCACUGAAACCCCCGCCGUUAUUGGCGUGGUCGUGGGCCAAACAAAAGGAAGCUCGCCACCUCUUUCACAUUGCAUGAUGAGAGAGAAAGAGAGAGAGAGAGAGAGAGAGAGAGAAGCCGGACUAGACCCAGAGGGAGAGAGAGAGAGACAGACAGGCACAUACACAGAGAGAGAGAGAGAGAGAGAGAGAGAGAGAGAGAGAGAGAGAGAGAGAGAGAGAGAGACAGACAGACAGACAGACAGACAGAGCUGAGAUCCAGGCUUUCGGUCGAGAUGCUAUGAAAGUAUGGGCCGGCCCAAAGAGAGACCAAAACGGGCCUAUUUCUCUUUCCGGGCUCGCCCAUUAA